AUGAUUCAGAAAUCGCAUCUAAACGGCUUCAAAGUAAAUAGAAUGGACGAACCAGUCAAGGCGACGCUGUUCGCAGAUGACACCACAACAUACCUAGCGGAAAACGACGAUUUCGGUGUGCUGCAAGAGAUCCUAGACACGUGGUGCUCUACGGCAAAAGCCAAGUUCAACAUUGCUAAAACGGAGAUAAUCCCUAUUGGGGAACGUGCCUAUAGGGAGAAAAUGGCAAGAGUGUACAAGGAGACAGGAAAAUGGGAGGCCUACCCGCAAAAUGCUCGCAUGGCCGGGGAAGGCGAUGCGAUCCGGAUUCUAGGAGGGUUCUUCGGGAAUGGAAUCGACCAAAUGACGGUAUGGUCCCCGCAGAUUGCCAAAGUGGCGGCGGCAAUCACAAGGUGGAAAAAAGGCCACGCCACGCUAGAUGGAAAGCGACACGUUAUCCAGAUGGUAGUAGCGGGAAUGACGCAAUACUUAACGGAUGUACAGCGGAUGCCGGAAGCUGUAAAACGGCGUCUUGAGGCGAUCAUUAGAGACUAUCUAUGGGAGGGAAAAGCGACCCCUCCAAUCGCAAAAGAGCACACACAUCUCCCGCAAUGA